AUUAUGACAAAUAUAAACCUAUAUAACAUAACUCCCACUAUCCACCAUCUCUCCAAAAAUGGCUUAUUCCCUUCUUCAUCUCCUUUUCAUAUCUGUCAUUACAUUCCUCUUGAUAUCUCCAUCCAUAUCACAUCAUUGCUCGUACCCUUCGGGGCCUAACGUUACUGGUGGCUGCAGCCAUCUCCCUUCUCUCAAAGCGUCGUUUGACUGGGCAUACAACGCAACAAACACCACACUUUCGAUCACUUUCACUGCUCCUUUGGCUUCUCCAGAUGGCUGGGUUUCAUGGGGAAUUAACCCUAAUGGAACAGGGAUGAUUGGUACUGAGGCACUUAUUGCAUUCAAAGAUACAAAUGGAUCCUUGGUUGUUAAAAAAUACAAUCUUAAUUCGUAUAAAUCUGUUGUGGAAACUGAUAGGUUUACGUACAAGGUGUUGGAUUCUAAAGCGGAGUAUUCUAAUAAUGUCAUGAAAAUAUUGGCUACUUUGGUUCUACCAGCACAAAUGACUACGGUGAAUCAAGUGUGGCAAGUUGGACCGGCAGUGAAAGACGGUAGGCCAAUGAUGCAUAAGUUGGAUCCUGACAAUAUGAAAUCUAAAGGCACUCUAAAUUUGGCUACUACUUUCGGUGGCGAUGAAAAUAAUGCCACCGCCCCUGCCCCUGCUCCCGCUGGUGGUGAUGGACAGAGUGGUAAUAAAAGUGGUGGAUCUUCAACAAUUUGGAGUAACUAUUCUAUAUUUUACGUCUUCGUUAUGUUCCUUGGAGUUCUGUUUUUUUAACUUAAAGGAACGAAUUAGCAAGUGUUCCAAUUUGAAGUGAUUCAAUAAAUUUAGUAUUCGGUUCGUC